CUGAUGCUGACAACAGCAUUUUCUCGCCAGCCUAUGUUUAGCUAGUCGACAACAAGAGGCGUCGUUUGGUGCGGGAGCUUGUUAAGGGACCAAACGGGGUGGAAUUCGAGUGAAUUGAAGAGGCGAAGCUGGGUAAUGUAGUUAGUCAAGUAGCUAACAAAGUUGUUGCUAAGGGACACGCGAGUCAAUCCGCAUUGGCGUGAAGCCGGGUUGGGCUGGCGGAUUGAUAUUCAAAUUAGCCGUCAGGUGUGCUGUAAAUCUUUUCGAAAUAGCGCGUCAACCAAUCAGAGCUGAAGAAGACGGACUACUUUUUUUGGGGAUGCCACAACACACCUUCGAACCCACCUCGGACGAUUGACGGCUACAAGCGGACGGCUAGCUUGACCGAGACGUGCUGCGUUCACGAGACGAAAAUUCCGUCGGACCUUCGUGACCUCGAGUCCGUGUAUUCUCGACAACGUUUAUUUAGGGGUGGGAUGGCACGGCUUUGUCAUGUAAAAGGUGGUGGGGCAGACCCAAUGCCACGCAAGCAACGCUGGAGAGCAAGUUUACGAUGAUGGGACCGCGAUUAGGGACGGGGACGCAGGCAGAGGCAGCCAUGAGCCCUCCACGCCGAUCAUCGAUUUCCCAUGGUGACAGGCCCUCUACCGAGACCUUGCAGAGGAACAACAGCAGCAACUCUGGAGUUAUUUUGGACAUAGCGACUCUUAAGAUGGCUGAAGUGGAUACCGAGGUGCCUCCCCUUCCACCUCGCUACCGCUUCAGAGACCUCCUGCUGGGUGACCAGACAUUUCAGAAUGAUGACAGGUAUCAGGAGGAGUACAGUAUGGACUCAACCAAUGCCCAGGUGCAGGUGGAGUUCUACGUGAACGAAAACACCUUCAAGGAGAGGCUGAAACUUUUCUUCAUUAAAAAUCAAAGGUCAAGCUUGAGGAUCCGGCUGUUCAACUUUUCCUUGAAGAUCCUCACCUGCGCCCUCUACAUAGUGAGAGUCAGCCUUGACGACCUCAAGGAGACCAAUGGAAACCCAUGUGCAAUCAUUCGCAACUCCAGCUGGCCAAAUUCAGCAGCAGAGUCACCAGAAAUCAACUGGAAGUUGAUUUUCUGGGUGACCAGACCUGAUCCAUUGUGGGCAAUACAGGUGACAGUGGCUUUAAUCAGUUUUCUGGAGACCGUGCUGAUCACAUAUCUCAGCUACAAGGGCAACAUUUGGGAGCAGAUAUUCCAGAUAUCCUUCAUAUUGGAGAUGAUCAACACGGUGCCAUUUAUUAUCACAAUCUUCUGGCCUCCUUUACGAAACAUAUUUGUUCCCGUUUUUCUUAACUGCUGGCUAGCCAAAGGGGCGCUGGAAAACAUGAUUAAUGACUUCCACCGCGCUAUCCAGAGGACACACUCGGCCAUGUUCAACCAGGUGUUUAUCCUCAUCUGCACUUUACUGUGUCUGGUUUUCACCGGAGCUUGUGGCAUCCAGCACCUGGAGAGAGCUGGAAAGAACCUGACCCUGUUUGACUCCUUUUACUUCUGCAUCGUGACCUUCUCCACCGUGGGCUACGGAGAUGUGACGCCACAGAUUUGGCCCUCGCAGCUACUGGUGGUCAUCCUCAUCUGUGUGGCCCUGGUGGUGCUCCCGCUACAGUUUGAAGAGCUUGCAUACCUGUGGAUGGAGAGCCAGAAAUUAGGCGGGAACUACAGUCGCCACCGAGCACAGACGGAGAAGCACGUGGUCUUGUGUGUCAGCUCGUUGAAGAUAGACCUGCUGAUGGAUUUCCUCAAUGAGUUCUAUGCCCACCCCAGGUUACAGGAUUAUUAUGUGGUGAUCCUUUGCCCAACUGAUAUAGACAUUCAGGUUCGCCGCAUCCUCCAGAUACCUUUAUGGUCCCAGAGGGUCAUCUAUCUUCAAGGGUCCGCCCUCAAAGACCAGGACCUGAUGAGGGCCAAAAUGGACGAUGCCGAGGCGUGUUUCAUUCUCAGCAGCAGAAACGAGGGUGACCGAACCGCUGCAGAUCAUCAGACUAUUUUGAGGGCUUGGGCUGCCAAGGACUUUGCUCCUAACUGUCCGCUCUAUGUACAGAUUCUCAAACCAGAAAACAAAUUCCAUGUUAAAUUUGCUGAUCAUGUUGUAUGUGAAGAGGAAUUCAAGUACGCCAUGCUUGCACUGAACUGCGUGUGUCCAGCCAUGUCCACCUUAGUCACGCUCCUCGUUCACACCUCAAGAGGACAAGAAGGGCAGUUGUCACCAGAACAGUGGCAAAGGAUGUAUGGGCGCUGCUCUGGCAAUGAGGUCUACCACAUCCGAUUGUGUGACAGCAAGUUUUUCGAGGAGUAUGACGGAAAGAGCUUCACUUACGCCUCCUUCCAUGCUCAUAAGAAGUAUGGCGUGUGCCUGAUCGGCGUCAAGCGGGAGGACAACAAGAGCAUCCUGUUGAACCCCGGCCCGCGCCACAUCAUGGCUGCCACCGACACCUGCUACUACAUCAACAUCACCAAGGAGGAGAACUCCGCCUUUAUCUUCAAACAGGAGGAGAAGCACAACAAGAGCCUGUCCGUCUCUGGUCUUUACGACGCCCCCUCCAGGCUGCCCGUGCACAGCAUCAUUGCCAGCAUGGUUGAUCAGGCCACUUCAUAUGGAACCGUAGCCAUCGACCUCCAGAACUCGGAUCCCCCCGAAGAAACCAGCAAGCUAACCUUACCGACGGAGAACGGCGCCGGAAGCCGCAGGCCGAGCAUCGCGCCCGUCCUCGAGAUCGCGGACUCCUCCACUAUUCUGCCAUGCGACCUCCUUAGCGACCAGUCCGAGGACGAGACCAACCAAUCGGACGAGGAGGGCUCUGUCGGGUCCGAUUUUGUGAAGGGCUACCCUCCCAACUCUCCCUAUAUUGGCAGCUCUCCAACGUUGUGCCACCUCCUUCCGCAAAAAGCUCCAUUUUGCUGCCUGCGCCUCGACAAGGGCUGUACACACAACAGCUUUGAAGACGCCAAAGCGUAUGGGUUCAAGAAUAAGCUGAUUAUCGUGUCUGCUGAGACGGCGGGAAACGGAUUAUACAACUUCAUCGUACCCCUGCGAGCGUACUAUCGACCUCGAAAGGAGCUCAACCCCAUUGUGCUUCUGCUGGACUACCAGCCAGACAACCACUUCUUAGAGGCCAUUUGCUGCUUCCCGAUGGUCUACUUCAUGGCCGGCACCAUCGAUAACCUGGACAACCUGCUGCAGUGUGGAAUCAUCUACGCUGACAACUUGGUGGUUGUGGACAAGGAGAGCACCAUGAGUGCUGAGGAGGACUACAUGGCUGAUGCCAAGACCAUAGUCAAUGUCCAGACUAUGUUCAGACUGUUUCCGAGCCUCAGCAUCAUCACUGAGCUCACGCAUCCAUCCAAUAUGAGGUUCAUGCAGUUCAGAGCCAAGGACUGCUACUCGCUCGCUCUGUCCAAACUGGAGAAGGUGAGCAAGCCAAAUAGUAACAGGACCACAAAAAAAAUCCAGACACACCUUAGUAUAGUCUCAUUUUGGCCUUUAUUUUUCCAGAUAGAACGAGAUAAGGGCUCCAAUCUGGCCUUCAUGUUCCGGUUGCCAUUUGCAGCAGGCAGAGUGUUCAGUAUCAGCAUGCUGGAUACGCUGCUUUACCAGUCAUUUGUGAAGGACUACAUGAUAGCGAUCGCCAGACUUCUUCUCGGUCUGGACACGACACCGGGUUCCGGGUAUCUGUGCGUUAUGAAGAUCACAGAGGAGGACCUGUGGAUCAGAACGUACGGCAGACUCUUCCAAAAACUCUGUUCCUCCAGCGCCGAGAUCCCCAUCGGGAUCUACCGCACCGAGUCCCACAUGUUCUCCACAUCCGAGUGCAAGGACAGUUACGUUCAGUCUCAGGUGUCCAUCAACGUGGAGCAGAAUGAGGAGCACCGCGACCGCAAGGAGUCGUGGAAGGAGAAGACAGCGCACCGGAACUCCAGCGCCAGCGAGCAGUCGGAGCACCCGCUGCUGAGGAAGAAGAGCAUGCAAUGGGCGCGGCGCCUGAGCCGAAAGAACACCAACAAGCCAUCCAGCCGGGCCGAGCGCAUCUCGCAGCAGCGCCUCAACCUGUACCGCCGCUCCGAGCGCCAGGAGCUGUCCGAGCUGGUCAAGAACCGCAUGAAGCACCUGGGCCUGCCCACCGUUGGAUACGAGGAUGUUUCUAAUCUCACUGCAAGCGAUGUCAUGAAUCGAGUAAAUCUAGGAUAUUUGCAAGAGUUGCAGGACAUAUCAGAGCAGCCGUAUACAGACGGGACCCGGCCGUCAGACGAGAUGAACGACCACCAGAACACGCUGUCCUACGUCCUCAUCAACCCUCCUCCGGACACCAUGCUGGAGCUCAACGACAUCGUGUACAUCAUCCGGUCUGACCCGCUGGCGCACAUGCCCGAGGAGUCCCAAGUGGCUCAGAGUCGCAGCACUCGGAACCAGACGCACUUAGUCACAGAAACCAGAAAUGAGACGCACCUAUAAGCCCCCCGACAAACACACACAAAGCAGCCUGACGUUUGCUGUGCGUUUCCACUGAGCCGCCGCUGCGAGAGGAUGCAUGAAGAGUGCCUCAUCAUCGUCACGCGUCAAUAACACACCUCACAUAGCUAACUAACACUGGAGGAUAGCAGCGGUGGGCAACCGAGGGCUUGUGGGAAAUGGGUACGGCAUUUAAUCUGGCCCACCGUGCUAUUAUUAAAAACAAGUAAAACCUCAGCGGAACUGUUAUAAAAUGUUCCUUACAUGCAGUAACUCACAAAAAGUUAGCGAUAUUGGACUUUCUGAAAUUUUAGGAUGAACCUAAAAUGCACUAGUGAUAUCUUGACCUAUGAGUUAAAUUUUUUCUGUGACCAUGCUCGUAACUGAAAUACAGUGGUGCCUUGAGAUAAGAGUUCCCUGACUGAGUUAUGCGUUUUUCGAGAUACAACAACACAAGCAGCAGUUUGGCAGAUAGUGAACAAUUCUUCUUCUUCUUCAAAGAAAAAAAGACUUCAAACUUUUUAAUCCACUCCCAAUUGAAGUAUACUGUCAAACUAAACAAAGAGAAUUACAUUACGUGUAUUUAAAACAACCACCUGAAACUGUGAAGCAAGACACAGAGAUAACAAUACUCACAUGCAUAUAUUCUUUAUCCUCUGCGAAGAACAUCUAUUACUGCAACUUUCUGAGGUGCUGUACAGUAUAUUGGUAUGUCUGUAUUAUACUGUACCCUUGUAGCCAAGGAAUGCACACCAUAAGGAGCGGCACAAUGUCCAUUGAAUUGAAGCAAAACAGUCAAAAAUAACUGUUCAAAUUGAUUUACAUUCUAUUGUUGCUGUUUUUUGGGGAGGCUGGAAAAAAAUAAUGGCAUUUUCAUCCAUUUCAAUGGAGAAAGAUGAUUUGAGAUAAGAGUGAGUGAAAUUAUGAACUUGGUCACUGAACAAAUUCAACCAUUUCCGAUGACUUCAAGCUUUAAUUCAAUGGGUGUCAUCCGCUUCUUCUGAGCACUCCCUUUCUUCGGGCCCAGGUAUUGAAAAAAAGACAUCUGGUAAAGUACCUGUACAAACCAAACGGAAAAUGCGAGCACAGAAAACAACAUAUCUCUUCUGUCACUGGCGGUAACUGUGCGAACUGAUGGCGGCCUGAUGUUGAACUUUUCUGCCACCGCCGAGUGGCGGAAUGUCUAAAGUGCAAUUUUGCUACGCCACACAAAAGUUUGAAGAUGGUCAAAUCACCUGUAAAGGUUACAGUUAAUACAGUUUAUCGUGAAAUGUUCCCCAAAAGCCCAAUAUUGCUGACAUAAAGUUCAAUGUCAGCAUUAUGUAUUAGAUUUAGAGUGCACACGCACACUUUGUGGCCUUGUGUUUGUGGGGCAGCCGACAUUUUAAUUCACAAGAUCGCAACACUCAUGCGGUUCCUACUAAUCUUUGUAUUAGAACUGCUUGUAUUACAUUGCUUAGUAGUAAACAUUUUCAUUUAGGAGCACAAGCGUCUUACACCACCUCUCUGUAGGGGGCGCAAUUGACUGUCAAAAAAGUGGACAUGGGUACCACGGUCAUCAUGGCAGGGUGGUGGGCUGUCCCCAUGACUUGGUUCAAUGGUGACUGACCGGUCACCUUGGCAACAACCCGCUGUAUCGGACCCCCGACGAGAGCGGUGUUGAAUCACUGGAAAUGUUUACGGGACUCUCUCAGCGCCCCCGCUGGCGAUCAGAAUGCACACACGUCUGAGGGAAAGACUUUUUACCAAGUGGCGCUUAUCAGCCAUCGCGUGUGUGUGUUUUUUUUAAGUGUUUCUAAACAUAUUUUUUGCUCUGCUGAGAACGGUAUUAUGUUUCUUUUUAAGUGUCCUCAAAUGAUCUGCUGUUUGUGCCAUUAUUUAUAAAUGUAAAUACUUUUUUUGUGCACUAUGUGCCAUUUGUCAUGCAGUUUUGGGGAUAUCAGAGCCUGGCCAACUUUUUGGCAUCAUUUGUUUCCUUAUCAUACAUGACAUGUCAGUCAUAAACAAUACACAGUAUUUGAGAAAUGAACGGACAGUGCCAGUUUUAGAAGCUUUAUGAUGUUACGCUAUUAAUGCCAAGUUUCUCUGAACAGGAUCGGUUUUGGAAAACACUGAACUAUUAGAGCAGGCGCUCACGCAGAGCCAGGGAGAGUAUCCGGAGGGGCUGCACUGGAGCUCGACAUCAACAAAAGCUCCAUUCAGCAGAUGAGAUCAAACUUCACAUAGACUGACUUCAGGUUGAUUGCAGACUUCAAGCAGAAUAUGGUGACCAACAAUAGCCCUCCAGAUACACUUUCCCAUGCUUUGCGCAAACGCCUGCUCUAAGGGUUUUGAGUUUUAAACCGUGGUGAUAGUAGCAGGCUUUCUGCUGCGGGGUUUGUAAAGAACAGAUGCUGUUUCAAGAAACUCGCCAUACAGUAGAGAGCGCAAAUGGCGCUACGCGCUGGAGCAGUGCGAAGGUCGUAAAGCCUCUCAAACUGGAGCUGAACUGCAGUCGGGGACAGGAACAUUUCUGGCUUUUGAGGUUCCACCGUAAUUUAAAAAAAAAAAAAGAAAAGUCAAACAUAUUUAUCAGUCUUAAACACAAAUCCCAGCAACAUAAAUUAGCAUUUGGGAGGUUUGUUUUUUUUAAACAUCCUGCCCCAAAAUUGCUGCUUAUUUCCCCUGGUAAAACACCCAUGUAGCUUGUUCGUUUGCAGAUCCAGCCUGCCAUUAAUGUGACUUGUAAAUGUCAAAUGUUUAGAAGAAAAUUGUCCGCCUUGUCUUUGCAUUAAUCUCGCCUGUCAAAAAUACCAGUGUUGUUAGUCCGGUCAGGCUCUUAAUUCCUUUAUUCAACUUGAAUUAUGACUGAGGACAUAAGGUUUGUUUAUUUAUUGUGAUGCUCCGCUGUCAAGCUCUCAGAUAUGAUUGUUUCCUUCAUCGGUGUACAUAACUUUAUAUGUGCGCUCGUUUCCCCUACAAUGAGAGGCGAAAGGCGACUAUUUUUGCACUAAAAGAAUAUUUACAGCAUGACCCUUUAAACUCCAAACUUAUCAGUACCGUUGUUCUUCGGGAACAUUUCGCACGUUUUGCUUUCAUCGCAGGCAAAUGUGAACAACAAACACACUUGAUUUUGUUUUUUUUAUUUUUGUAUUUUAAAAAAGGCCCAACUUUAUCAGUGGGCCCUUUUAAGUUGAGGUACCCGAGGAGUUGAAAUCCUCCAAACAUUCCACGGUGGUCCACAUCACAUGUACUUCUCUCCACUGUCAAAGGGCAUGUUCAAGGGAUUUUAAACAAACAGCAUGUUUUUUGUUUUGUUUUUGUUUUGAUAUACACAAGCUUGCCAAGAACAAAUAAGUGUACCCAUUAGCCAAUGUCAAAUCUGCCAUUUGAUACGCAGUCUUUCUUGAAAUGGAAAUGGAACAUGCAUGUUGUUUACGUGUCAUGUCUGCCACCUUUGUGUUCAACCACAUCCAUUUUGUACUAUUUUUCCUAUAAUGGGAAGGUCAACUUUGAAGGUGAACAACAAAUAAAAGCUGCAUGCAGCCGUGUCCAA